AUGGCAUCAGAAGUAAACGGUGCCGCCGCCGCUCCGGCCCUCCAGUUCACGGCGACCUACAAGUCCCCCGCCAACGACCCCUUCACCCACUCCGAGUCCAUCCCCGCCCCGCCGACCUCCGGCGUCCAAGACAAGACGGCCUACCUCAAGUCCCUGCGCGAGGCCAUCAACACCGCCCAGGAGAGCAUCAACAAGGAGCUCACGGCGCGCAUGGAGGAGGACAAGGCGCGUGAGGCCGGCAAGAACGGCUCCAAGACCGCCGUCGACGAGGCACUUGAGGAGGAAAACUACGGCGAGGAGGCGCCUCCUAACGACGACUGA